CAUCGCCCAGGAGUAACCUCCUAACGAAUCACCACAUCACCCCACUCUCAGCUGUUAGGCUGUCGGUCGGAGCUCCGUGACCUCAUCAUGGUGUGAUUUUUUUCUUUUUGUUUUAUUUCAUCAUCUCUGCACACAGACAUGUCCGACAGACACGGUUAAUUCACUAAUUUGUUUGACUUAACUAUCAGGAUAACCUGUCGGUUUAUCUCCACCGUGUUGGCAGCCUGUUCAUGUGGCCCAGCCAUGGCGCAGCAGGACGGCGCUCCUAGGAUGAAUCCCACCAUUGGCACUUUGCAGUCUCACUUCCUCGUGGGAUCCAUAUCGGAGGAGAACUCGGAGGAUGAAAACCAGGGGAAGGCAGACAUGCCGCAGGAGGACAAGGACAUCCGCUCACUGUCACCUUCUUCUGGGAGCUCUGACAGCACGACCGACGGAGGUUUUGAUCACAUCGAUGGGCCCAUUAACAAUCUGAGGCCAAGCAUGUCAGGGCUGCACCUGGUGAAACAAGGGAGAGAUCGCAGGCGGGUUGAUCUCCAGAGAGACUUCACUGUUGCAUCACCUGCGGAAUUCGUCACUCGCUUUGGUGGCAACAAGGUCAUCGAAAAGGUUCUUAUUGCCAACAACGGCAUCGCAGCUGUUAAGUGCAUGCGCUCCAUCCGCCGCUGGGCCUACGAGAUGUUCCGCAAUGAAAGAGCAAUCCGUUUUGUCGUCAUGGUGACCCCAGAAGACCUGAAGGCUAACGCAGAAUACAUCAAGAUGGCAGACCAUUAUGUGCCUGUGCCCGGAGGAACUAACAACAACAACUACGCCAACGUGGAGCUCAUUCUAGACAUCGCCAAGCGCAUACCUGUUCAGGCUGUGUGGGCUGGAUGGGGUCAUGCCUCAGAGAAUCCCAAACUCCCAGAACUCCUUCACAAGCAUGGCAUUGCUUUUAUGGGUCCUCCAAGUCAGGCUAUGUGGGCACUUGGUGACAAAAUUGCUUCCUCCAUCGUUGCUCAGACAGCGGGUAUUCCAACUCUACCUUGGAGCGGGGCAGGCUUGACCAUUGACUGGACAGAAAAUAACCAGAAGAAGAAAAUCAUCAAUGUCCCUCAGGAGUUGUAUGAGCGAGGCUGUAUCCAGGAUGCAGAGGAUGGCCUCAAAGCGGCAGAAAAGAUUGGCUAUCCGGUGAUGUUGAAGGCCUCAGAAGGUGGUGGAGGAAAAGGAAUCCGUAAAGUGAACUGUGCUGAUGACUUUCCUAAUCUGUUCCGACAGGUCCAGACCGAAGUUCCAGGAUCGCCCAUUUUCGUCAUGCAGUUAGCCAAGCAUGCUCGUCACUUGGAAGUGCAGAUUCUGGCUGAUCAAUAUGGAAAUGCCAUUUCACUGUUUGGUAGGGACUGCUCUGUGCAGCGACGUCACCAGAAGAUUAUAGAGGAGGCUCCUGCUACCAUCGCUACUUCUGAUGUGUUUGAGGACAUGGAAAAGUGUGCUGUUAAGCUGGCUAAGAUGGUUGGAUACGUCAGUGCGGGCACCGUGGAGUAUCUCUACAGCCAGGAUGGCAGCUUCUACUUCCUGGAGCUCAACCCCCGCCUGCAGGUGGAGCACCCCUGUACUGAAAUGGUGGCUGACGUCAACUUGCCUGCUGCUCAGCUGCAGAUUGCGAUGGGUAUCCCUCUUCAUCGGAUCAAAGACAUCCGGAUGCUUUAUGGAGUCCAGCCCUGGGGAGACUGUCCCAUCGACUUUGAGAGUUUGUCAAACACCCCCUGUCCUCGAGGCCACGUCAUAGCUGCACGCAUCACCAGUGAAAACCCUGAUGAGGGUUUCAAGCCAAGCUCUGGAACGGUGCAGGAGCUGAAUUUCCGUAGCAACAAGAACGUGUGGGGCUACUUCAGCGUCGCCGCAGCAGGUGGUCUGCACGAGUUCGCCGACUCCCAGUUUGGACACUGUUUCUCCUGGGGAGAGAAUCGUGAGGAAGCUAUCUCAAACAUGGUGGUUGCUCUGAAGGAGCUGUCUAUCAGAGGAGACUUCAGAACCACAGUGGAGUACCUCAUUAAGCUACUGGAGACUGAAAGUUUUCAGCAAAAUGUCAUCGACACAGGCUGGCUGGACAGGCUCAUUUCAGAGAAGAUGCAGGCAGAGCGUCCUGAUACCAUGCUAGGAAUAGUGAGUGGUGCUCUGCAUGUGGCAGAUGUCAAUCUGAGAAACAGCGUGUCCAACUUUCUGCAUUCUCUUGAAAGGGGCCAGGUGCUACCAGCACACACACUACUCAACACCGUGGACGUGGAGCUGAUCUAUGAAGGCAUCAAGUAUGUCCUGAAGGUGACUCGUCAGUCUCCCAACUCGUAUGUGGUCAUCAUGAACAACUCUCUAGCAGAGGUGGAUGUUCAUAGACUCAGUGAUGGAGGACUUCUGCUGUCCUAUGAUGGAAGCAGCUACACUACGUACAUGAAGGAAGAGGUGGAUAGGUAUCGCAUCACAAUCGGGAACAAGACUUGUGUUUUUGAAAAGGAGAACGAUCCCUCACUGCUGAGAUCCCCUUCAGCAGGAAAACUCAUUCAGUACACAGUAGAGGAUGGCGGACAUGUGUUUUCUGGCCAGUGUUACGCUGAAAUAGAGGUUAUGAAGAUGGUGAUGACCCUGACUGCAGCAGAGUCUGGUUGUAUUCACUAUGUGAAAAGAGCUGGAGCAGCUCUGGAGCCUGGCUGUGUCAUCGCCAAGCUGCAGCUGGACGACCCAAGCAGAGUGCAACAGGCAGAGCUGUACACAGGAAUGCUGCCGUCUGUCCAGACUGUAGCUCUGAGAGGGGAGAAACUGCACCGAGUCUUCCACAACACUCUGGAUCAUCUUGUUCACAUCAUGAAUGGUUACUGCCUUCCUGAACCUUUCUACAGUGCUAAGCUGAAAGAGUGGGUAGAAAGGCUCAUGAAAACAAUGCGUGAUCCAUCUCUGCCCCUCCUGGAGCUUCAGGACAUCAUGACUAGCGUGUCUGGACGCAUCCCCCCUGCUGUGGAGAAGGCCAUCAAGAAGGAGAUGGCUCAGUAUGCCAGCAACAUUACCUCUGUGCUGUGCCAGUUCCCCAGCCAGCAGAUUGCAAACAUCCUGGACAGCCAUGCUGCUACUCUAAACAAAAAGUCGGAGAGAGAAGUCUUCUUCAUGAACACACAAAGCAUUGUUCAGCUGGUGCAGAAGUAUCGCAGUGGCAUCCGAGGCCACAUGAAGGCAGUUGUGAUGGAUUUGCUCAGACAGUAUCUGAAAGUAGAGAUCCAGUUUCAAAAUGGACACUACGACAAGUGUGUGUUUGCUCUUCGUGAGGAAAACAAAGGAGACAUGGUCAAUGUCGUCAACUAUAUUUUCUCCCAUGCGAAAGUCACAAAGAAGAACCUGCUGGUUACUAUGCUGAUUGACCAGCUCUGUGGCCGUGAUCCCACUCUGACUGAUGAACUCAUGACCAUUUUGACUGAACUCACACAGCUCAGCAAGACAACCAAUGCCAAGGUGGCCCUGCGUGCUCGACAGGUCCUGAUAGCUUCCCACCUCCCCUCCUAUGAGUUGCGACACAAUCAGGUGGAGUCCAUCUUCCUCUCUGCCAUUGAUAUGUAUGGGCACCAGUUCUGCAUUGAGAACUUGCAGAAACUGAUCCUUUCUGAGACGUCCAUCUUUGAUGUUCUGCCCAACUUCUUCUACCACAGUAACCAGGUAGUGAGGAUGGCUGCCCUUGAGGUGUACGUUCGCAGAGCGUACAUUGCCUACGAGCUGAACAGUGUGCAGCAUCGCCAGCUGAAGGACAACACAUGUGUAGUAGAGUUCCAAUUCAUGCUUCCCACUUCACAUCCCAACAGAGGGAACAUCCCCACUCUCAACAGGAAAAUGCCAGCCCCAGUCCUGGACAGUGUAAAAGCCCUGGACAGUAAAUUAAAGGGACCUAAAGCCAAGGACCAUAAAGAACGUGAUAGUGAAUCUAAGGAUGAUAAUGCAGAGAAGAGUAAUACUUCAGAUAUGGAAACGAUGGACAGGAUGUCAUUCUCCUCUAACCUGAAUCACUACGGCAUGGUGCACAUGGCCAGUGUGAGCGAUGUCCUUCUUGACACGUCCUUUACGCCACCUUGUCAACGCAUGGGAGCCAUGGUCGCUUUCCGCUCCUUCCAGGAGUUCACGCGAAACAUAAAUGAUGUUUUGAGUUGCUUUUCGGACUCUCCUCCCCCAAGUCCAAUGUUCCCAGAUGGAGGCAAUCCUGUCCUGUACGGUGAAGAAGACAACAAGAGUGUCCAGGAAGAGCCUGUCCACAUUCUCAAUGUGGCUAUAAAAACUGACAGCGACAUCGAUGACGACGGAUUGGCCGCCAUCUUUAGAGAAUUCACUCAGUCAAAGAAAUCCCUGCUGUUUGAACACGGCAUCCGGAGGCUGACUUUCCUCGUCGCACAGAAGGAUUUCAGGAAGCAAAUCAACUGUGAGGUGGACCAAAGGUUUCAUAGGGAAUUCCCUAAAUUCUUCACAUUCCGGGCCAGAGACAAGUUUGAGGAGGACAGGAUCUAUCGGCAUUUGGAGCCAGCAUUAGCAUUCCAGUUGGAGCUCAACCGCAUGCGCAAUUUUGCCCUGACUGCCAUCCCCUGUGCCAAUCACAAGAUGCACCUUUACCUGGGCGCAGCCCGCGUGGAGGUGGGCACAGAGGUUACAGACUAUCGCUUUUUUGUCCGAGCGAUUAUCCGUCACUCUGACCUGGUCACAAAGGAAGCCUCUUUUGAAUACCUUCACAACGAAGCAGAGCGCCUGCUGCUGGAAGCCAUGGAUGAACUGGAGGUGGCGUUCAACAACACAACUGUUCGGACCGACUGCAACCACAUCUUCCUUAACUUUGUCCCUACAGUCAUCAUGGACCCAUCAAAGAUUGAGGAGUCUGUACGCUCCAUGGUGAUGCGUUACGGAAGCCGUCUCUGGAAGCUCCGUGUCCUGCAGGCUGAACUGAAAAUCAACAUCCGUCUGACUCCAACGGGGAAGCAAAUUCCCAUCCGCCUCUUCCUCACCAAUGAGUCAGGCUACUACCUUGAUAUCAGCCUGUACAAGGAGGUCACCGACUCCCGAACGGGACAGGUGGGGCCCAAAGACCGACAGAUCAUGUUCCAAGCGUAUGGAGACAAGCAAGGUCCCUUACACGGGAUGCUCAUCAAUACGCCGUAUGUCACCAAGGACCUGUUACAGUCUAAACGCUUCCAGGCCCAGUCUCUGGGCACUACCUACGUCUACGACUUUCCUGAAAUGUUCAGACAGUCUCUGAAAAAGCUGUGGCACUCUAGUCAGAGCUUUGCCCACUUACCCAAAGUGCCUCUUCCCUCUGAGCUGCUCACGUUCACAGAGCUGGUUCUGGAUGCCCAGGGCCAGCUGGUGCAGAUGAACCGACUGCCAGGUGGAAACGAAAUUGGUAUGGUGGCGUGGCGCAUGACCCUGAGAACUCCAGAGUACCCAAUGGGACGUGAGAUCAUAGUCAUAAGUAAUGACAUCACACACAAAAUAGGCUCAUUUGGACCCCAGGAAGAUGUGUUGUUCCUGCGAGCUUCAGAAAUGGCACGAGAGAGCGGCAUCCCCCGCAUCUACAUCGCAGCGAACAGCGGUGCCCGCAUCGGCCUGGCUGAGGAGAUCAGACACAUGUUCCACGUGGCCUGGCAAGACCCAGCUGAUCCCUACAAGGGUUUUAAGUACCUCUACCUCACACCUCAAGAUUACAAAAAGGUCUCGGCUCUAAAUUCUGUACAUUGUGAACAUGUGGAGGAUGAAGGAGAAUCCAGGUACAAGAUCACUGACAUCAUUGGGAAAGAGGAAGGUCUGGGUGUUGAGAAUCUGAGAGGCUCUGGGAUGAUUGCUGGAGAGUCUUCACUGGCUUACGAGAAGAUCAUCACCAUGAAUCUGGUCACGUGUCGAGCCAUCGGUAUUGGAGCCUAUCUGGUGAGGCUGGGCCAGAGAACCAUCCAAGUGGACAAUUCUCAUAUAAUCCUCACAGGAGCCGGCGCACUCAACAAGGUGCUGGGCAGAGAGGUGUACACCUCAAACAAUCAGCUAGGUGGAAUUCAGAUCAUGCACAACAACGGUGUGACCCACAGUACAGUGUGUGAUGAUUUUGAGGGCGUUUUUACUUUGUUACAGUGGUUGUCCUACAUGCCCAAGUGCAACUCCAGUCCAGUACCCAUCCUCGACACCAAGGAUUCCGUAGAUCGACCCGUAGAGUUCGUGCCCACCAAAGCUCCGUAUGAUCCUCGCUGGAUGUUGGCCGGACGUCCCAGCCAGACUCCGAAGGGUUCCUGGCAGAGUGGCUUCUUUGAUCUGGGCUCGUUUAUGGAGAUCAUGCAGCCUUGGGCUCAGAGUGUGGUGGUUGGCCGAGCCAGACUUGGUGGGAUUCCUACUGGUGUUGUUGCUGUGGAGACCAGGUCAGUGGAGCUGUCGAUCCCAGCUGACCCAGCUAAUUUAGACUCUGAGGCAAAGAUCAUCCAGCAGGCAGGACAGGUGUGGUUCCCAGAUUCUGCUUUUAAAACAGCCCAGGCCAUUAAGGACCUGAACCGGGAGGGCUUACCGCUCAUAGUCUUCGCCAACUGGAGAGGCUUUUCUGGAGGAAUGAAAGACAUGUACGACCAGGUGUUGAAGUUUGGGGCCUACAUCGUGGACGGGCUGAGGGAGUACAAGCAGCCCGUUCUGGUUUAUAUCCCCCCUCAGGCUGAGCUGAGGGGAGGCUCCUGGGUGGUCAUAGAUCCCACCAUCAACCCCCGUCACAUGGAGAUGUACGCCGACAAGGACAGCCGGGGAGGGGUGUUGGAGCCUGAAGGAACAGUGGAGAUCAAGUUUAGGAAGAAGGAUUUGGUGAAGACUAUGAGAAGAAUAGAUCCCAUCUACACAGCUUUAGCUGAAAGACUUGGAACUCCAGAGCUGAGCCCCGCUGAUCGAAAGGAGCUGGAGACGAAGCUUAAAGACCGCGAGGAGUUCCUGUUGCCCAUUUACCACCAGGUGGCUGUGCAGUUUGCAGACCUCCAUGACACCCCUGGUCGCAUGCAGGAGAAGGGUGUUAUCACGGAUAUCCUAGAGUGGCAGACAUCCCGUCAGUUCUUCUACUGGCGUCUGCGGCGUUUGCUGCUGGAGGACACGGUGCAGAGGAAGAUCCAAGCAGCCAACAGCGAGCUGACAGACGGGCAGAUCCAGGCUAUGCUGCGCCGCUGGUUUGUGGAAGCCGAGGGAACCGUUAAGGCGUAUCUGUGGGACAACAACGAAGAGGUGGUUGGAUGGCUGGAGAGGCAACUAGCUGAAGAAGAAGGCGCCCGGUCCGUCAUCGACGAGAACAUCAAGUACAUCCGCCGUGAUCAUCUCCUCAAGCAGAUUCGCAGCCUUGUUCAAGCUAAUCCGGAGGUUGCCAUGGAUUCUAUCGUGCACAUGACUCAGCACAUCUCACCCACACAGAGAGCUGAGGUGGUGCGGAUCCUGUCCACCAUGGAGACGUCGGCCUCCUCCUAGAUACCGUCGACCUGAGGCACAGCUCAGAACUAGAGGCUCAGCAAGCGCUGAUCCUUACUGAACCCCGGACUGGGAGGGGGAGGAGCCAACACGACGGCCCCUAUAGCGGCCGGACUACUGACGAAUCGUUGGUGAUGAUUCUCACUCAGCGAGACUUUGGAUGAUUGGCAAUUUGUGAAUUUGAUUUCAAGUGCAAUUUUCAAAAACACGGAACUAUCCUGUUACUAAUAUUUAACAAUAUGCUUAUAGUGUACAAAGUUGUUCACGCCUCUAUAAUAAUUAUUAGCCUCCAUGUUUUUGAUGUGGAGUGUGUUUUCUAAAAGAGAAAAGGCUUUAGUCCUGAUCAAAUGCACCUUGGUUUGUGACAUAUGCUUGUUAAGAUUUACAAGUGUUUUGAUGACCAGCUCAAACAAUGACAACACAUCACCUGGGGAGUUAGCCAAAAUGUAGGGGGGGGGAGUUCGCUCUAAUAAAUGAGAAGCACUUAGUUACUGAACAAAGACCGGGAACACUAAAGCAGAUUUUGGCCAGGGAAGCCCAGCAGGGAGCAGGGGCGAGGUCCCUUUUAGACCCCGACUGUUUCACAGUUACCCUGCAGUGAGCAGUGGGCAGCCCGCCUCACAACAAAACCACAGCUGUCCCUUCUGUUCUCACCCACACACGCUGCUUAACAGGCACUUUAGGGCUUACUGUUCCCCCACGCUGCACCCAAAAUCAAACCUGCACCGUGCUUUCACCGCCGCAGCUCACACAGACGUAGAAAACACACGCAUGCACAGAUGAUUGCACACAAUGAGUGAAAGAAUCACUAAUGGUUCCAUCAACACACCACUAGGCUAGAUCCGUGUUGGGCAGAUGUUGCAUUGCUCCUUCAAUCAGCUUAAUGGUUUUAUUUUUAUUUUUAGCCAAAGACGUAAAUUAACUGUAGGUAGGAUGUGUGCUUUGGAGUAAAACAGCUGCAGAGCAUGUCGGAUGUGAGUUGAAGUUAGUGUUAUAAAUUCCUGAAAUCAGAGUCCUGGAUUAUUGGAGCAAACACAUUCAUUUAAAAAUAGUUGAUUUUUGUUGGUUUUUUAAGAUCAUUGCAUUUUGCUAGUUGUGGGCCUUCCUUGUGUCCUUAUUCAUGUGCAGACUAGUUGCUUUAUAAGUAACUGGUUGUUUUCUUGUGAAAACCGAGAGAAAUUUACAGCAGCUCUAAUAAACUUAGUUCAACGUGUGUUUGUGCGAAAACUUUCAAAUCAGUGUUCCACUGGAGACAAAAUAAAGUUUCCAAGAAUUUCCACUAAUUUAA